AUGUCAGAUAAACCCAAUAUGGCUGAGAUUGAGAAAUUCAGUAAGUCAAAAACGAAGAAGACAGAAAUGCAAGAGAAAAAUCCACUGCCUUCAAAAGAAGCGAUUGAACAGGAGAAGAAACAGGUGAAUCCUAAUGAGGUGUGUGCCGCCAAUAUGUGCUGUACAUUCCACAAGCCUUGCCUUCAUAUUUUACUUCUCUUAGCUGUUUAACUAAGUAAGAUGCAAAGAGGUUGGAUCAAGUUUAAAUGACUGUGCUACCCCUUUACACAACAAAGAAAGGA